GGGUUUCUAUGGUUUCAUGUACUUUGCGACCUGUUUAAAAAAAACUGGGUGGGUCUUUAAUGAGCCCCAUUGUGAAUAAAGCAAUAUAAUAACAUUUUUCAGCGCACUAGGAUCAGCUGCUUUCUACAUUUUGAGAGAGAACAAACAAUGCUGUACGUUUGAAUGUGCUGGUCAGGUUCUGUGACAUGAGCUGUUAGUUGUUUAUUGUACUGUUUAUGAUAUUAUUAUGUCUUUGUGAAACACAUUUAUGGAUGGUGAAGUUAAUGAAACUUAUAUAACCCUUGAAGGACAUGUAGAGUUGGACAGAUUCAGAUAUCUUUAUUUUGCAGUCAUGCUAGCAGCGUAUGUUUGUAUCGUCGUCUGUAACCUGACCAUUGUGUAUGUUAUAUGGACGCAUGAAAACCUCCAUGAGCCCAUGUACGUUUUCAUCGCCGCUUUGCUUCUGAACUCUGUUGUUUUCAGCACUAACAUCUAUCCCAAACUGCUGUCAGAUUUUCUAUCUGAGAAACAGAUUAUAUCAUAUUCGGCUUGUUAUGUGCAGUUUUUUCUCUUUUAUUCUCUAAGCGGCUCAGAGUUUUUACUGCUGGCAGCAAUGGCCUACGAUCGUUACGUGUCGAUAUGUAAACCUUUACAAUAUGCAACAAUAAUGGGGAGAAACACGGUUAGUAUUUACUUGAGUUUGGCUUGGCUGGUGCCUGCCAGUGUGCUUGCUGUGCAGGUGAUACUGAGCUCCAACAUUAAACUGUGUAAAUCAAAUUUUCAAGGAAUUUUCUGUAACAACUCAAUUUACAGCGCCCACUGUUUAAAUUCAGAGGUGAAUGUAGUAUUUGGUGCCGUGGCACUGGUUGUGAUUGGAUUCUUCCCUCUGAUUUUCAUCGUUUUUACUUACAGCAGAAUAUUGAUCAUAUCCUAUCGUAGCUCUAAAGAAGUCAGAAAGAAAGCUGCUCAGACCUGCUCGCCCCACUUGCUGGUGCUGAUCAGUUUCUCCUGUUUGUGUGCGUUUGAUGUCAUCAUAGCUCGACUGGGAUCCAACCUUACAAAAUUAAUCCGUUUAAUAAUGACUUUACAGGCUGUUUUGUAUCAUCCUCUAUUUAAUCCAAUCAUAUAUGGUUUAAAAAUGAAGGAGAUAUCAAAGCAACUGAGAAGGUUGUUUUCUCAAGCUAAGGUCUUAUAGUGAUGAUGAUGAAUUGAUAUAAAUAUUAGAUUAUUCAAUACUUUGUACUGCACACAGAUUCCAAAAUCAACUCUUUAUGUUUUGCAUUGUUUGUUUAAGACUGUCAGAUCUGAAAUGUGUAAAUUAUGAAUCAAACAAUAAAGAUUAAACCAGUUACAGUC